AUGAUCCAAACCUGGACCACCUCCAACUCCCUCGACACCAAGCUAGAGCUGGACAACACCAUCGUCAAGGGCCUUAAGGCUGAGAUCCUCACCCAAUACCUGCCCAGCUCCCAGUCCAAGGGCGCUAAGUUGAACCUCUACUUCAAACAGCCGAACAUCCACGCUCGCGCCUUCUUCGAUCUCCUCAAAGGCCCCACCGCCAAUUUCGACGCUGUCCUUGGCCACGAUGGUUUCCUUGUUGGCGCUGAGGGUGGCUACGAUGUACAGAAGGCUGCCAUCACCAAGUACUCUGCUGCCGUCGCAUACAGCGUGUCCGAGUACACCGCCGCCAUCACCGCAUCCAACAACCUCAGCCUCUUCUCCGCCAGCUACUACCACCGUGUCAACGCACAGGUCGAGGCUGGUGCGAAGGCCACCUGGGACUCCAAGGUUGGCAACGCUGUUGGCUUGGAAGUUUCCAGCAAGUACCGACUUGAUCCCUCCUCCUUCGCCAAGGCUAAAAUCAACGACCGUGGUAUUGCCGCAUUGGCUUACAACGUCCUCCUCCGCCCCGGCGUGAUUCUCGGCCUUGGUGCAUCCUUCGACACCCAGAAGUUGCACCAGGCCGCCCACAAGGUCGGAGCCAGCUUCACCUUUGAAGGAUAA